CUUCUAAGAUUAUCAGUUUGGUUACCACAUCAUCUGGAUCCAGGGGUCACUUCUAAGAAAAUGUGGACUGCUAAAAGUCUUUGUAAUGCUCAAAUACGGUUGCUUCCGUUGAAAGAAGGCAGAUUGGGUAGUUGCAUGUUUCAAAAAACUCAGCAGUUCUGCAUUGGAAUUCUAAACUGUUGCACCAUAAGAAUGCCACGUAACAGAGUUAAAUUCCAGGUCUCCAAGGUAAAUAAUAAACGAUCGGUAGUAGAUACAAGAAUGGCUACUAGUGCAGAUGGGACUAAAAUAGCUGCUGGAACAAGUCCCAGUGGAGUAUGUGAUGGAAGCCAACGUUCAUUAGAAGCACAAAUGAAACAUAUCAAUCUGUCAUUUGCAGCUUGUGGGUUUCUGGGUAUUUACCACUUGGGGGCAGCAGCUGCUUUUUACAGGCAUGGUAAGAAGUUACUGAAAGUUGUGAAAGCUUUUGCGGGAGCUUCUGCGGGAUCACUGGCUGCCACUGUCUUACUAGCAGUACCAGAAAAUAUAGAGAAGUGUAAGCACUUUGCCUAUGGAUUUGCAGAGGAAGUUAGAAAAUUGGACUUCGGUGCUGUAACGCCUGGUUAUGAUUUUAUGAAAACACUGAGGGAAGGCAUAGAGUCUAUUCUUCCUUCUGAUGCUCAUGAGACAGCUGAGAACCGGCUCUAUGUGUCAGUCACUAACACCAAAAAUGGGGAAAAUCAUUUGGUUUCAAGUUUUGCAUCCAGGGAGGACCUCAUUAAGGUCCUGCUAGCAAGUAGUUUUAUACCAGUAUAUGCAGGAAUUAAGCCAGUGGAAUAUAAAGGAGAGAAGUGGGUUGAUGGUGGCCUUACCAAUGGCCUUCCUAUCUUGCCUGUUGGAAGAACUGUGACGAUUUCUCCUUUCAGCGGUCGAUUAGAUAUCUGUCCACAAGAUAAAGGACGUGUGGAUCUUUAUGUUAAAUUUGCAAAACAAGAUAUAAUGCUGUCUCUGGCCAACCUAGUAAGACUUAAUCAAGCUUUGUUCCCACCAAACCAGGAGAAAAUGGAAUUGUUGUAUCAAAAUGGAUUUGAUGAUGCGGUACGUUUUUUACUGAAAGAAAAUUGGUUUGAAUAG